GAGUCAGAUUCCAUGCACGUGAGAGGGAGGGUGUUCCCGCUUCUUAAAUACUCCAUCGUCAUCGUCUUCUCCUCAUUUCUCUCUAUCGCCCUGCUCCUUCUUCUAUUCUUCCUCCUCCAUUUUCCGGCGCAGCCACAAAUUACUCCACAUCCUCGCACUGCUUCACUCAACGCCUCUACCUACGUGCGUGCUAGGUGAAGAAUUUUGAGAAGAGAAAGUUGGGAGAUUUGAAAUAAAUCAUGGCAAAAGAGCAAUUACAAGUAUUAAACGCACUUGACGUAGCCAAAACCCAAUGGUAUCAUUUCACAGCCAUUGUAAUCGCUGGAAUGGGCUUUUUCACAGACGCUUAUGAUCUCUUCUGCGUUUCUCUCGUUACCAAACUUUUAGGCCGAAUUUACUAUCACAAAGAAGGCUCGGACAAGCCCGGUGAAUUGCCUUCAAACAUAGCCGCCGCCGUAAACGGCGUCGCUUUCUGCGGAACCCUCUCCGGCCAGCUUUUCUUCGGGUGGCUCGGUGACAAAAUGGGCCGCAAAAAAGUCUACGGAAUGACCCUUAUGCUUAUGGUCAUUUGCUCUGUAGCUUCAGGCUUAUCUUUCAGCAGCACCCCGACAUCUGUAGUAGCCACUCUCUGUUUCUUCCGAUUCUGGCUUGGAUUUGGAAUCGGCGGCGAUUACCCACUCUCCGCCACCAUCAUGUCCGAAUAUGCCAAUAAAAGAACACGUGGGGCUUUCAUUGCCGCUGUUUUUGCAAUGCAGGGGUUUGGGAUUUUGGCCGGUGGGGUUGUGGCAAUUAUUGUCUCCGCCGCGUUUGAUGCUAAAUUCCCAGCUCCGUCGUAUCAGGAAAAUCCCACCGCCUCCACCGUCCCACAGGCUGAUUAUGUGUGGCGAAUUAUUGUGAUUUUUGGUGCUUUUCCGGCUUUGCUUACUUAUUACUGGCGAAUGAAAAUGCCUGAAACUGCUCGUUACACCGCCUUGGUUGCUAGAAAUGCCAAACAGGCAGCCGCCGAUAUGUCUAAAGUUUUGCAGGUUGAGUUGGAAUCAGAGCAGGAAAAAAUCGACGAGGGUAAAUCGAAGAAUGAUUUUGGGUUGUUCUCAAUGAGUUUUGUUCGUCGACAUGGGUUUCACUUGCUGGGGACUACUUCUACUUGGUUCUUGUUGGACAUUGCAUUUUACAGUCAAAAUCUCUUUCAGAAAGACAUUUUCACUGCCAUUGGUUGGCUUCCUCCAGCAAAGACGAUGAACGCCAUUGAAGAAGUCUUCAGAAUCGCUAGAGCUCAAACUCUAAUUGCAUUAUGCAGUACAGUACCUGGGUAUUGGUUCACAGUAGCGCUCAUUGACGUAAUGGGACGAUUUGCAAUUCAAUUGAUGGGGUUCUUUUUCAUGACGGUUUUCAUGUUCGCAUUGGCCAUUCCGUACAAGCAUUGGACUUUAGAAGCCAACCGAAUUGGGUUUGUUGUAAUGUAUUCACUGACAUUCUUCUUUGCGAAUUUUGGGCCAAACGCCACCACUUUUGUGGUUCCAGCAGAGAUAUUUCCGGCGAGACUCCGAUCGACCUGUCAUGGAAUAUCGGCUGCAUCUGGAAAAGCAGGGGCAAUUGUUGGAGCGUUUGGAUUUCAGUAUGCGGAAAAAGGGCUUGGAGUGAAGAAGACAUUGAUAAUCCUUGGUGUUGUGAAUGCUCUUGGGAUGUUCUUCACUUUGUUGGUUCCUGAAUCAAAAGGGAAAUCUUUGGAAGAAAUGUCCGGUGAAGCUGGAGAUGAUGAGACACAGAGCAAAACAGAGUCGAGAACUGUGCCUGUUUGAGAAGUUGUUAUGCAUAAUAUAUAUUUAUUAUUUUAAUGUAAAGCAAAAUUUCAUAUGUUGUUAUGUCCUGUAUGGUGAUCUUAGUAUUAGAAAUCAGCCAAUUUUAUUGGUUGAGAAGAUAUUACCUGGAUAUAGUGGCAAAUAACAGAGACUUUGUAUUUUGAACUUGAUUGCUUUCUUUUAGUAUAUACAUAAAGAACUUUACUUUCA